CGCCCAAUCAGCUCCCGGGGGGCGGGGCCGCCUGCUCUGAAGGCACCUGUGGCCGCCGGGAGCUUGGAGUUCUGUGCUGCUACUGCUGCCGCCCAGUGUGUGCGCGAGCGUCAGAGCGAGUGUCCAGGUGGAGCAGACCAAGGUCACUCCACCCAGCCUGGGACAAUGGGGAGGAAAAAAAUUCAGAUCUCACGCAUUCUGGACCAAAGGAAUCGGCAGGUAACAUUUACCAAGCGGAAGUUCGGACUGAUGAAGAAGGCCUAUGAGCUGAGUGUGCUCUGCGACUGUGAGAUUGCCCUCAUCAUCUUCAACAGCGCCAACCGCCUCUUCCAGUAUGCCAGCACAGACAUGGACCGCGUGCUCCUGAAGUACACGGAGUACAGUGAGCCCCAUGAGAGCCGCACCAACACCGACAUCCUCGAGACACUGAAGCGGAGGGGGGUGGGCCUUGAUGGACCAGAGCUGGAGCCAGAUGAGGGGCUUGAGGGGCCAGGAGAGAAGCUACGGAGACUGGCAGGUGAUGGAGGUGACCCAGCCUUGCCCCGACCCCGGCUCUACCCAGCAGCCCCUACUAUGCCCAGCCCGGACAUGGUAUAUGGGGCCCUGCCUCCACCAGGCUGCGACCCCAGUGGGCUUGGGGAGGCCCUGCCUGCCCAGAGCCGUCCAUCCCCCUUCCGGCCAGCAGCCCCCAAAGCUGGGCCCCCAGGCCUGGCACACCCUCUCUUCUCACCGAGCCACCUCGCCAGCAAGACACCACCCCCCCUGUACCUGGCAACGGAUGGGCGGAGGCCAGAUCUACCUGGUGGCCUGGCUGGGGCCCGAGGGGGACUAAGCACCUCGAGAGGUCUCUAUGGUAGCCUGCAGAGCCCAUGCUCCACUGCCACCCCAGGAACCCCACUUGGGAGCUUUCCCUUCCUCCCUGCAGGCCCCCCAGAAUAUGGCCUGGGAGACCCCCCUCCGCCCCCAGGCUUGUUGCAGCCCCCCACCCUGGCCCCUUGGCAACCCUCCAGGGGUGAUGGGCCCCCAGCCACCCCUACCCAGUCCAGUGGGGGCCGCAGCAUGGGCGAGGAAGGCCCCCUGGCCCGCGGCGCCUCCUCACCCACCCCUCCAGUCAGCAUCAAGUCCGAGCGCCUCUCACCGGCCCCUGGAGGCCCCGGCGACUUUCCAAAGACCUUCCCCUACCCCUUGCUCCUGGCCCGGCCCCUGGCAGAGCCCCUACGGCCUGGGCCCCCCAUGCGGCGACUGCCCACGGCUGACGGCUGGCCUCGGUAGUAAGCCCGGGGGUGACACCGAUCCCGCCCACCACACCAGGACAUGUGGGGUCCCAACCUCCCUCCCUGCAUCUUGAAGACCCAGCAUCUUGAAGACCUGCAUCUUGAAGACCCAGCAGUUACGACUGCGGUGGGAACCUGGAGAGGGGAAGUCUGGCUUCGGGUCCCGGAUGGGGGGCUCCUUUCCCCCUUCCAGUGGGUAUAAGUCCAUCAAUAAAACACACGUGGCAUCCAUUGA